AUGACACAUCAGCUGGGAACCAGAGCUGAUUACAGAGAGGCCCAACAGAAGCAGAGGCUGCCAUACGAGGGGCCACCUGCCCAGACGAUGUCUCCGAUCCUUCAGGAUAAGAGAGUGUCCAUGGGUCUGAAUGGAGACCUGUACUUCUCCAAUGUUUUGGCCAAAGACGCUCACAAUGACUACAGCUGCAACGCUCGCUUCCUUUUCACACACACCAUCCAGCAGAAGAACCCCUUCUCGCUCAAAGUUCAGACAAAUCACAAUCUAUUCCAAAUGAAGGAUGACAUAUCCCCAUCUAGAGCAGAGCCGUAUGAUGAAACAUCUUACAAUGCCACUGACCCCUAUGGUGGCCGUAAACUGGCAGAGUCCACGCCCACCUUCCUCUCACCCUCAGGGAGUGAGAGCUCCAAGAUGGUGCUACGAGACGAGCAACUGCUGCUGGAGUGUAUCGCUGCUGGACUGCCGACCCCCGCCAUCAAGUGGUUUAAGAAGGGGGGGGACCUGCCAGGGCGGACGAAGUUCGAGAACUACAACAAGACCCUGAAGAUCACCAACGUGUCGGAGGAGGAUGCUGGGGAGUAUGUGUGCAUGGCCAACAGUCAUUUAGGCAGCAUACGCCACUCCAUCUUUGUCCAGGUCAAAGCGGCUCCUUAUUGGCUGGACAAACCUGCGAACCUGGUGCUGGCCCCUGACGAGAACGGGCGCCUGGUGUGUCGCGCAAACGGAAACCCCAAAACCAACAUCCAGUGGCUGAUCAACGGACAGCCCAUAGACAGCUCUCCACACAACCCCAGCAGACAGGUGCAGGGGGACACCCUCAUCUUCCGCUCGGUACAGAUCGGAAGCAGCGCUGUGUACCAGUGCAACGCCUCCAACGAGCACGGCUACCUGCUGGCCAACGCCUUCGUCAGCGUGCUCGACAUGCCUCCGAGGAUGCUGGCUCCUAAGAACCAGCUGAUUAAAGUCAUCCAGAACAACCGCACCUUCCUGGACUGUCCCUUCUUCGGUUCCCCUCUGCCGGACCUGCGCUGGUUUAAGAACGGACAGGGCAGUGGGCUGGAUGGCGGGCAGUACCGCGUUUAUGUCAACGGCACCCUGGAGAUCAUACGGGCCAGAAUGGAGGACGAGGGCACCUACACCUGUGUGGCCAGCAGCAUGCUGGGAAAGGCCGAGAACCAGGUCCGCCUGGAGGUCAAAGAGCCCACACGUAUAAUCAGAGCCCCGGAGCACCAGUCCGCCAUCCGGGGCUCCACGGUCCACCUGGACUGUAAGGUGACCUCUGACCCCAGCCUGCCCGUCACUGUGAGCUGGACCAAGGACGACAAGCCCCUCCACCUGGGAUGGAGGCUGAAGAAAAACGAGCAGUCCCUGACCAUCCCUAAUGUGAACGAAGGCGAUGAGGGCACAUACAGCUGCUCUGUGAGAUCUGAGAUAGACGAGGACUCAGCCUCAGCCCGCCUCACUGUGUUAGAGGAAGCCUCCCUCCACCCCUCAGUCUCUAGUGCCUUGCCUCCAGACCGUCCGGACCCUCCCAUGGAUCUGGACCUGUCGGACCCCGCGGCCCGCAGUGUUCGCCUCACUUGGAUCCCCGGGAACGACCACAGGAGUCCGAUCACAGAGUUCCUGGUCCAGUUUGAGGAGGACCGAUGGGAGUCCGGCAGGUGGCAGGACCUAUCCUCGUACCCCGGAGACCUGAACUCUGUCAUCCUGCAGCUCAACCCCUUCGUCAACUACCAGUUCAGAGUCAUCGCCUUCAACUCCGUGGGCCAGAGCACCCCCAGCCGGCCCUCCCCCCGAUACAAGACCAGCGGAGCGGUCCCAGAUGCUAUUCCCAGAGGACUACGAGGAUGGGGAUCCAAGAAGGACAAUAUGGAGAUCACCUGGGAGCCUCUGCUGGAUCUGGAGAGAAAUGGCCCCAACAUGCACUACAGUGUGUGGUGGAGGAGGAAGGAUGCAGGGGAGGAGUGGAGGAAUGUGACCACAGCGGGGCCCAAACAUGUCGUCCACAACACAGAAACCUACGUGCCUUACGAGAUCAAAAUCCAGGCCAGGAACGAGUUUGGGCAGGGGCCCGAGUCCAAUGUGGUCACUGGGUACUCUGGGGAGGACAAUCCCAGCGACGCUCCCACUGACUUGCGGGUGUUGAAGGCCGACAGCACCAAGGUGAACCUUCACUGGAGGCCCGUCGACCUGAGCUCUGUGCAGGGGGAGUUCAAGGAGUACAGGUUGUACUACUGGCGUGAGUCCAGUCUGGUUCCAGGUCUGCUGGUCAGUAAAGAGAAGAAGACCAAAGGGUUCUACAGCGUAGUUGCAGAGCCAUCGGGAGUCCUCAGCGACCUGGUGCCAUUCUCUAAAUACAAGAUGUUCAUGGUGGUGGCCAACAGCGGCUUAGAGGGUCCGCCCAGCAACACGGUGGAGAUCACCACCAAGGAGGGGGUGCCGGAUGCUCCCAAGUUUUUCAGGAUAAACAGGAGAGGUUUUGACACCAUCCACCUUCAAUGGGACAAGCCUCUAGAGCCCAACGGCCUCCUGAUUGGUUACCAGCUCAAGUACCAGACAGUCAACGCCUCCAGGAUGGGCCGCCACCAGCUGGAGACCUUCCUUCCCAAUGUGACAGAGUUCAGCCUCCGCCUGCCGGACCGAUCCACCCGCUACAAGUUCUUCCUGUCAGCGCUCACACAGGUGGGGGCGGGGGAAGUGUUCGCUGAGGAAUCCCCACACUUCACAAAUGAAGACAACGGUACUGACUCUACAGGCCUAGUCGAGCUUACAGAGGCCUCCGUAGAUUCAGCUUUCUCUCCUACUCCUCCUCCUCUCGCUCCUCUUCCUCCAACUACCAUCGCUCCUACAACCAUUAGUACCUCAACUACUACUACUUCUACUACUACUGCUGCUACUACCACUACGACUGAGGCGACCACUACCACUGCACGUCCUGAGCUGGUCCCCACCAGGCGCAAUGAUCAGAAUGUGUUGGUGGCCCCUAGGCUGGAGAUCUGGAAUCUGACGGUGGAGCCUAACAGUAACUACGCUAACGUCAGCUGGAGACACAACUUCCCGGCCGGCAGCAGCGAGUUUGUGCUAGAGUUCACACUGGACAGCGACAAGUCGGUGAACGUUGUCCCCGUGAAACAGCCCCCGAUUACGGUGGCCGAUCUGAUCGCAGGCGCCAUUUACCAUCUGAGGGUUUACUCCCAUGAGCUCAACAGCGUCAGCAGCAAAUCUAUCACCUUUAAGACCAAAGCAGCCUACAUAGACCAGGUGGACAUUGCCACUCAAGGCUGGUUCAUCGGCCUGAUGUGUGCCAUCGCCCUCAUCAUCCUCAUCCUGCUCAUCGUCUGCUUCAUCAAGAGGAGUCGCGGAGGCAAAUACCCAGGUGGUGGUUGCGUGACUGGUUUUGCAAAAUGUCUAGUCCGUGACAAAAAAGAUAUGGCGUUGGACGCAGUGGAUCACAAAGACCAGGAUGGAUCUUUUGAUUACCACAGCGACGAGGACAACAAGCCUCUGCAGGGCAGCCAGACGUCUCUGGACGGCAACGUGAAGGAGAGCGACGACAGCUUAGUGGACUACGGAGAGGGCGGCGACGGCCAGUUCAACGAGGACGGCUCUUUCAUUGGCCAGUACACGGUGAAGAAGGACAAGGACGAAACGGAGGGCAACGAGAGCUCUGAGGCCACCUCGCCCGUCAACGCCAUCUACUCGCUGGCGUAGCGCCGUAGAACCACCCGGGGGACCCGGUGGCACCCUCUGAUUUCAGGGUGUUACCACAACACAAUACACCAGACACAAACACACACACGUGAAUAUAUUAAUAUAUGAAACACAUUAAACACAGAAGGGACGCAGCGGCCUGUCUGGAGACUGCAGGCUUCCCUCUGCUGUAUCGGGGGAACAGGAGUGGAAUCAGACCACAAGCCUUUAUUCUAGUUUCCAGCUGGAAGAAAUGGGCCCACUGGAGGUGACAUUGGGACAAAGAGGACAGUGCUCGUUUUCCUCUGCUCCGCCUGCCCCUACACAGACUUGGGAGCAGCCUUCAGCACGUGGAGGCAUUGACAAGCGUUCUUUAGAGAUUUGACCUUGGUUGGUUUCUGCUCCAAACAUUUUCAGCGUCCCUUCUCUCCUUCCUGAUUAGCCCCUCAAAAACCUCUGUGAAGCAUCCCAGUAAAGUACACACACGAGGUCCCUUACGCACACACGUCCUGUAACAUAUCAGCUUCUAACCAUCAAACACAACAGGAUGCCCGCAGAUAUGUUUAUCAUAUUGAUAUUUACGCAAUGAAAGAGUUUAGUUUUUCCACAGCUGGUAGACGAGUCAUUAAUUCUUAUUGAGUGCUGUAUACAGUCCUGGCACACAUUUUAGUGCCCUGCAAAACUAUGCACUAUCACCUCCUUCAUAACAUUUUGGGUUUGAUCUGGUUAGUAAAAGUACACGUUUUGGGUUUCUUUUUUUACCACUUGCAAACUAAAUCACAUGCUUUUAUUCACUUUGCCUUGUUCGAUGGAGCAGACAUGUUUUUCUUACCUCUAAUCCAAUAUUGUAGUGCAGAUGUUCAAAAUGGCCGCCACAAGAAAAGCUAUUUCUGCCACAUGCACCAAGCUCUGCUAAAGUAUGCUGUUAAUGAAUCCCUUUUUUUUUAAGAAUUACUAUUUUGGAGCAUGGUAGUAGCUUAGAGCAAGGAAAAUGGAAGGCACACGAGAGGAAAGUUAGUUUUGCCUGAGAAAAACGGUAGACCACAACCGAGUCGAUCCCCUAGUUAGCAUGCAUGCUAACUCUGCAUUCAUGUCACAUGGGGACAACUGUCGGCUGACAGUGAACAUGUUUCUGUUUUUAUUUCGGCUUUGGUUGACCAUUUACUACACACAAUACGUUUUAAAGUAAUUUUGCACCAAACAAAACAUUGCAAUGUCAACGCUAAUAAUAAAACAAGUUACAAUUAAUUUUUAUUUAUUUAUAUAUAUUCCAAAUUACCUAUAUAAAUAUUUUUAACAUUUACACCUUCAUUCUGGAAGUUUAGGGCCCAAAUCGCAAAGAUCCCAAUGAGUUUUUAUUACGUGUAAGCCAAGUCAUGUUUUCAAGUUGGACGCUUAAAUGUACUUUUAGCCGAUGGGACAUGAAUGCAGCUUGAGAGCCAGGAAUCCUUGAGGUGUGUUCAGACUACAUGUUUGCCUUUGAUUUAUUUUACCAUAUGUAUGGAUUGUGUUUUGUUUUCUUUCUUUUUGCAUUCUGAGUUUAUUUGCCUUAAAAAGCCAUUUAAAAAACAUUAGAGUAACAUGCACUGACCUGCAGUUCUCUUUGUUACUCCAGACCUUUUUGUUUGUCUUUUGUUUAUGAAUUGGAGUCAUUAAGCCUAAAAAUAGACACAACGUUUUGCUGAAUGACAGGUUUGGAUUAUUUAAUUUGUGCAUUGAUUUUGUAUUCAAUCACACCACCUCUGAAAUGUCAGUCUGAACCCACCUUUACACAGGAAUCCUAUAAUCUUUCCCUCCCUCUAGUUUUUUUAAACUCAAUUAUUUUGUCAAUCAUUACAGAUAAAAAAGGCACAAGGGCAAGAAUUCUUGAAUUUACAGCAUGAAAAUAUAUACAUUAAAUUCACAGCCACCGUUGAGAUGAAACGUAUCCACUAGUUUUUUAGUUUUUGCUGAUGAAGAAAGAAAAAAGAAAAGAAUUAUGUACAAUCAGUAUUUCACUUGCCUUCAACCAUGUUUGUCCUUCUGUUAUCUCACUGAUGGACUGACUUUUUGUUCUACUAAACGUUCACUGAGUGCUUCUCUAUUCACCUCAUCAUGUCGGCACUCAGACUUAGUUACCUGCUACUCAACAGUACUAUUAAAACCUCCGAUGCUAAAUCAAAAGAUCUUAACAGCAGCGACUGCAGUUCACUUUUUAUUUUAAAUAUUUAUUUGAUAUUUCUAUUUAUUACAUUAUGUGGAUAGUAUUAAUAUAAGUCCUUAAUUUAAUUAAUUGUUAUAUACAUAUUUCUUACCAACUUAUUUUGUUGUUUCACACUCAAAAUAGCCAGAAUAAAGAUGUCUCCAGAAUAUGUUGUUGUUCAUGAGAAGCAUAAACACAACUGUAUGUUUCAGAUAUUUGUGUCAGCUGGCUUUCCAACAUGAGAAUAUCUGUCAUGGUUGUUGUUUAUCUGUCAUUGUGCUGCUCUUCUCGUACUCAUGUUGUAUUACAGUUACUCUGUGUUUUACUUCAGAUGUAUGUACCUUAACCUUCCCACCACACAGUUAUUAUUUAUUUGACAUAUAUUCUGUACAUGUAGGUCCUGAUCUCUUAUAUUUGUAAAUAUAUAAAAGUUGAUUUCCCCAAAAAAUGCUUUAUCCGAAAAGGAAACUAAAAGUCACAAAUGCAAGCAAAUGUGACAGGUGCAACUUGGUGUAUCACGCACCUAUGUAAAGUACCUUUGACUAACGUUUGCACUCUGAAAAAAGUAACAAGAAUCAUCCUCCACUCAAUGUUGCCCUUUGCUUUGUGAUGUACGGUGCUGACUGUGGCAGGUUAUCAGUCAAUCGUUUGAUGAUGGUUUGGGUUGUAUAUUGUGAGGAACAUGUUAGAUUCUGUAAGAUGUAAAUAAGACAGAAGUGCUCCAGAGUUGUAGCACAGUUUUAGUAGGCCUAAAAAGAACAUUGCUGAGGUAUUAGAUCACACUCCCCUGCUUGAAACCGUUUUACAUUGGUCAUCUCUCUGAGACCGCAGACUUCCUCUCACCUUUACAGCCUGUUGUUGCUUCACUGGUCCCCUUUCAGAUGCCUCCUCAAUGACUGAAGGUUACACUGAAGAAACUGAAACGUUGACUUUAAUUAAA